UCGGCCGCUGAUGGCGUCUCAGGAUCGGAAGCCUCGCUGACCUUUCCCCUCUGCCUGGGAACCCUCACUGGAUACACAAUGACAUCCUUUCAAGAAGUCCCGUUGCAGACGUCCAACUUUGCACAUGUCAUCUUUCAGAAUGUGGCCAAGAGUUAUCUUCCUAAUGCACACCUAGAAUGUCAUUUUACCUUAACUCCGUAUAUCCGUCCACAUCCGAAAGAUUGGGUUGGUAUAUUCAAGGUUGGAUGGAGUACUGCUCGGGAUUAUUACACAUUUUUGUGGUCCCCUAUGCCUGAACAUUAUGUAGAAGGAUCAACAGUCAAUUGUGUUUUAUCAUUUCAAGGAUAUUACCUUCCAAAUGAUGAUGGAGAAUUUUAUCAGUUCUGUUAUGUUACCCAUAAGGGUGAAAUUCGUGGAGCAAGUACUCCUUUCCAAUUUCGAGCUUCUUCUCCAGUUGAAGAAUUGCUUACUAUGGAAGAUGAAGGAAAUUCUGACAUGUUGGUGGUGACCACAAAAGCUGGCCUUCUUGAGUUGAAAAUUGAGAAAACCAUGAAAGAAAAAGAAGAACUGUUAAAAUUAAUUGCCGUUCUGGAAAAGGAAACAACACAACUUCGAGAACAAGUUGGAAGAAUGGAAAGUGAUCUUAACCAGGAGAAAGAAAAAUGUGAGCAAUUGCAAGCAGAGCAAAAGGGUCUUAUUGAAAUAUCACAAAGUUUAAAAAUGGAAAAUGAAGAGUUUAAGAAGAAAUGCAGUGAUGCUACAAUCAAAGCUCUCCAACUUGAAGAAGAUAUUGUUUCAGUGACACAUAAAGCAAUUGAAAAAGAAACAGAACUGGACAGCUUAAAAGACAAACUCAGGAAAGCACAACAUGAAAGAGAACAUCUUGAAAGUCAGUUGAAGACAGAAAAGGAUGAGAAAGAACUUUAUAAGGUACAUUUGAAGAACACAGAAAUAGAAAAUACCAAGCUUGUGUCAGAGGUCCAGACUUUAAAGAAUUUAGAUGGGAACAAAGAAAACAUGAUUACUCAUUUUAAAGAAGAGAUCGACAGACUGCAGUUCUGUUUGGCUGAAAAAGAAAAUGCUCAAAGAGCUUUUUUGCUUACCACUUCAAGUAAGGAAGAUACAUUUUUAUUAAAGGAGCAACUUCGUAAAGCAGAGGAACAGGUUCAGGCAACUCGACAAGAAGUUGUCUUUCUGGCUAAAGAGCUUAGCGAUGCUGUAAAUGUGCGAGAUAAGAUGAUGGCAGAUCUACAUAAUGCACGCUUGGAAAAUGAGAAAGUAAAAAAGCAGUUAGCAGAUGCAGUGGCAGAACUUAAACUGAAUGCUGUGAAAAAAGAUCAGGAAAAGACUGAUACACUGGAACAUGAUCUGAGAAGAGAGGUUGAGGAUCUGAAACUCCGUCUUCAGAUGGCAGCAGAUCAUUACAAAGAAAAAUUCAAGGAAUGUCAGAGGCUCCAAAAACAAAUUAAUAAACUUUCAGAGCAAUCAGCCAAUAAUAAUAGUGUCUGCACAAAGAAAAUUGGGAAUCAGCAGAAAGUGAAUGAUGUUGCAAUAAAUACAGACCCAACGACUGCUUCUGCUGUAGAUGGAAAGCCACCGCUCUCUGCAGCUGAGACCGAUUUUGACAUGAUAACAAAGGGGCAAGUCUAUGAAAUGACCAAAGAAAUUGCUGACAAAACAGAAAAGUAUAAAAAAUGUAAACAGCUCUUGCAGGAUGAGAAAACAAAAUGCAAUAAAUAUGCUGAUGAACUUGCAAAAAUGGAGCUGAAAUGGAAGGAACAAGUGAAAAUUGCUGAAAAUGUAAAACUAGAACUAGCUGAAGUAGAAGACAGUUAUAAAGAAAUUAAAAGGAGUCUAGAAAAUCAAGCUGGAAGGAAAAUGGAAGGGCAGAAUUCCCAGAGUCCACAACAGGUCUCGCCGUGUCUUAGCACAGAGCAAAAUGGUCAUGUUCCUGCAGUGGCAAGUGAACAACCAGUUCUGCAAUAUGGUAAUCCCUAUGCAACACAGGAAACAAGAGAUGGAGCAGAUGGCGCUUUUUAUCCAGAUGAAAUUCAAAGGCCACCUGUUAGAGUACACUCUUGGGGACUGGAAGACAAUGUUGUCUGCAGCCAGCCUUCUCGAAAUCUUAGUCGGCCUGAUGGUUUAGAAGACCCUGAGGAUAGCAAAGAAGAUGAAAAUGUACCCACUGCUCCUGAUCCUCCAGGUCAGCAUUUACGUGGGCAUGGGACAGGCUUUUGCUUUGAUUCCAGCUUUGAUGUUCACAAGAAGUGUCCCCUCUGUGAAUUAAUGUUCCCUCCCAACUAUGAUCAGACCAAGUUUGAAGAACACGUGGAAAGUCACUGGAAGGUGUGCCCCAUGUGCAGUGAACAGUUCCCUCCUGACUAUGACCAGCAGGGGUUUGAAAGGCAUGUUCAGACCCAUUUUGAUCAGAAUGUUUUAAAUUUUGACUAAUUACUUUUAAUAUAAGUUAAUAUAGUUGAGCAGUUAAAAAAAAAAUUCACCUCCAAUAGACACCCUUUCAUGUACCCUCCUUCACACUUUUCUGAACAAGAGCUCCUUUGCAGUUUGGUGUUACUAAGGUCAGGGUCAAUCUUUGGCUUAUCAAUAAAUAAAAUUUUAACCUGUUAAUCUUAUCUGCUUUAAGAAAAGUUCUUGUAUGUUUAUAUCUUUAUUUAUUCCCUAGCUUGUGAAGUUGUAUGAAAAAAGGUUGCAGGGAUUAUUUUAAUGUUACCACACUGAAAAAAUAUGUAUAGUGUGUUACAUUACUUAGCAGAUUUACAAGUUUCUGUUGAACUUUGUUGAUUGAGCAUGGCUACAAAAUAUUGUGUAAUAAAAAAAAUUCAUCCUAA